AUGGAGGGACCAUACAACAUAGUGGAGGUGGAAGAAGAAAUAGAAUUAGUUAUAAUCCAGUAUCAUUGCUCGGAGAAACCAGAACUGGAGGAGCAGCCAGAAUGCAGAGAAGAAAAAAGAGGCUCUCUGCAUGUUUGGAAGUCUGAAUUGGUUGAAGUUGAAGAUGAUGUGUCUCUGAGGCACAGCUCUUCCCUGACUUAUAGGCCUUGA